UUUUUGUUUCCUCUCUCCCUCUCUCUCUCUCUGUGCAAUGUCGUCCAAGCUUCCGCCGACGCCGCUGAUGCUCAAAGGCCUCGUGCCGUACCUCCAGCGUGCCGACGAGUUUGACAAGCACGAUCCAGUCACUGCGUACUACUGCCGGUUCUAUGCUGCCCAGAACGCGCUCAAGGAUCCCGAGGCCAGCAAGGACAAGCAGUGCCGCGCCUUCCUCAUCGCGCUCAUGGAUAAACUAGAAGCUGACAAACGCUCACUGAGCAACCUCGAAGCCAUCCGGAAUGAUGUCGUUGCGGCUGCACACCUCGAGGACUUUGCCCUAAAACUGUUUGACUUUUCGGACAACGAGGAUCGAGAGGGCCGCGCCAACAAGAAGGUCGCGAGGUCGUUCUAUGCUGCGUCCAUCGUGUUUGAUGUGCUCAAGUCCUUUGGAGAGAUGGAUACAGAGAUUGCCGAAAAGCACAAGUACGCAAAGUUCAAGGCAGUGUACAUAACAAAGUGCCUCAAGAACGGAGAAGUACCGAUCCCAGGCCCGCCGACCGGAGAGGACGCGGUUGGCGGCGACGAUGCUGAUUUCGGCCAGCAAUCGCAACCCCCACCGGCGCAAUCGCAGCAGUUUUACGACUCUAGCAGUACCCCUCCAUCAUACGGGGCAGACGGAGGUGCUCCCCAGCAACAGCCGUCGUUUGGCGGUGCCAGACCACCAGGCGCCUUCCCCGUGCUCCCACUCACAGAUGUCCCAUCAUCGCCAGCAGGGCCGGCCUAUCCGCCCCGUGGUGCCUCGCUUGGCGAUGUCCCCGUGCCACCCGUCAACAAUCCUUACGGUAGUAUCAGCAAUUUUAACAGUGCUCCUGGUGGCGGCAACAUGUACAAUCCAGCGAUGGGUAUGGGCAACGGUCCAGCCGCUGGUGGCUACCCCGGCCCUCCUUCACAGCAGCAACACCAACAGCCUCCUCUCCCUCCGUCGUAUCCACCCAAUCCAAGCCACUUCCCAAGCGUUCCUGGUGCAGGCGGCAAGGGUCCGACAUCCGGCAACUCUGCUCCGCAGCAGCCUCCAGCAGCACCCACGCCAGCAGCACCUCGCCCAAUGGCACACGUGCCUAACGCGCCGUCGCCUGCCCCCGCAAACAUACCCUCUGCCGCCGCUCAGGGCAUGAAUGCGCUUGGAAAUCUCCAACCCCGCCCAAGCAUUUCGCUUGACGACUUUGCCAUGGCUGCCAAGCACGCCAAGUUUGCCAUCAGCGCUCUCCAAUACGAAGACGUGACGACAGCCAUCACCAAUCUGCAAAACGCCCUUGCCCUUAUCUCUGUCGCACGUCGAUGAUUUUUUUGGUUGUAGUUUUGGUUGGUUUGGUUGUUUUUGUGUUUUUGUGUGGUUUGAUUUUUCUUAGUGGUCCAGUCCAAGUAGAAAUUGUUUAGAGUUGGCAAAUUGUUGUCAUCCCUGGCAUUCGCACGACUCAACUUGAAUUGCUUUAUCGCUCGAGUUCUAUUCUCAGCAA